AUGAGUAACGAAGAUUACGGAUACGAUUACGAUUAUUUAUUUAAGAUAGUUCUUAUCGGCGACUCCGGUGUGGGUAAAUCGAAUCUGUUGUCGAGAUUUACAACCGAUGAAUUCAACAUUGAAUCUAAAUCUACGAUUGGCGUGGAAUUCGCUACAAGAACCAUUGAAGUUGAAAACAAGAAGAUAAAAGCGCAGAUUUGGGACACGGCGGGUCAAGAACGUUACAGGGCCAUCACCUCUGCGUAUUACCGUGGUGCUGUAGGUGCCCUUAUAGUGUAUGAUAUAAGCAAAUCAAGCUCAUACGAAAAUUGCAACCACUGGCUUACCGAACUAAGAGAGAAUGCAGAUGACAACGUGGCUGUUGGGUUGAUAGGAAAUAAAUCAGAUCUGGCUCAUCUAAGAGCAGUACCAACGGAUGAAGCGAAAAAUUUCGCAAUGGAAAACCAAAUGUUAUUUACUGAGACAAGUGCUUUAAAUAGUGACAAUGUAGAUAAGGCAUUUAGAGAACUAAUCGUAGCCAUUUUCCAAAUGGUAAGCAAACAUCAAGUAGACUUAAACGGGUCUGGUACCAACAACACGGGCUCUAACAGCGGUCCAAAAGGCCCUACCAUCAGCUUAACACCGGCACCAAAAGAAGAUAAGAAGAAAAAAUCCAGCAACUGUUGUUAA